AUGGGUGAAACUGGUAGCGAAUGUGCUCAUUGCACAACUGAUAAGUGGAUUGAUGUAGAAUAUGCAGAAAAUGUGCUUGCCAACAUACUCUUAAGGCUUCCAGUUACAUCACUUUUAGUGUGCAAAUCUGUUUGCAAGCGUUGGCUUCGGUUGAUAAGUAGUCAGGCUUUCAUUGAUUUGCAGCUACUCUGGUCUAAAACCCACUCCAUUUACAUAGUUUAUCCUUACAUGGAUAUGAUGAUGAAGUUAUAUUUGGUGAAGGGUGGUGGUGAAAUCACUAAAACAAUUACCUUUCCGUACUGUGACAAUCUUUCUACUCUUACCAUCAUUUGUUCCUUUGAUGGUUUGCUCUGUUGUAUCAACUAUCCAUGGAAGAUAGACUCAGGCAUGAUAGUUGAGGAUGUAACUGAUCUGGAAAUCCGCAUCUGCAAUCCUGUUACCAGAAAGGCUUUAUUACUUCCAAAAGGUAGCCCAUCCGAAGAAUAUCCUUCCAUUGGAGUUGCUUUUGGUCCAAAAAUCAAUGAAUACAAGAUAUUUCGAUUUUUCUGUGCCAAACGCAUAUCUCUAGCUAAACGUCAAUCACAUACUAAUCGUCGCCAAUGUGAGGUAUAUUCAUCGAGCACUGGAUCCUGGAGUGUCAUAGGUCGUGUACCUUAUUUUCCCAUGCGUUCUAGCCAUAGCCCCCUGGGGUCAAACCAUGUUUUUGUCAAUGGAAAGAUAUGUUGGUUCAUUGCUUCAGAUGAAGAUCAGAUGAUCCCUGGCUCUAUCCUUACAGUUGACAUAGAGGAAACCUUCAGAACUAUUGACCUUCCAAAAGAGGUCACUGAACAUUCAUACUUGGUUGAUCUUGAAGGCAGUUUAUGCCUAGUUGCCGUAUAUGAUGAAGAUGAGAUUGUGAAUAUAUGGGUUUUAGAAGAGAAGAAUGAGCCUAAAUGGGAGCUGAAAUGCAGUGAUCACGUUCCCUUCUCAAAUGAUGAAUGUAUUGAAUUUGUAGUUGCAAGGGAGAAUGAAAUUUUCUUCAUAUCUUCAAACCACUAUUAUACCUAUGAUCUGGACCAUAGGUUUUGGAGGGAGCUUGAUUUAUCCAGCAUUUCUGAAAAGAAAUUUCCGGUUGCUUUUGCAUACACAGAAAGCCUUCUUUCAUGUGGUGGACGCAUGGAUCCUCAGAUAGAGGACAUCACCAAUAAGAGCAUAUGA